AUGGCCUUCAGCUUCGGCUUCUCCGGGGACGACAUCGAUAUCGAUGAUACAGAACUUAAUAAUGAGACUCCGGAUGUUGCUGUUCCGCAAGGGAAGACCAACUUCCUCCCAGAGCUGGUAAAAGCCAAUAAGCAUGAUAUGGAUGAAUGGCUGUCAAUACUCCCAUCACAAAUAUCUUUCAACACAUUGGCAAUCGGUGAUACACCUAUUACCAUUUCCCGCCGGGAGAUAUUCGACAUCCGAACUCAAUUGAUGGCCGAAGACAGCGAGGGCCACGACAACGAAGAGCUUAUCGCCGGCUUGGAAGAAGGCGAUCUGAAACCCAAUUUCUACGAGGGUGGUUUCAAAACCUGGGAAUGUGCCCUCGACCUGGCCAAGCUGGUCACCGGCGAGACUUCCGUCGACGCGCAAACAGACGUUCACAUCAUCGAGCUGGGCGCAGGAACUGCAGUCCCAUCACUGGCUCUGUUCGCUCACGCCCUUAGCCAGACUGAGUCGACGCAACGCAAGACUCGUUUCACAUUUGCAGACUACAAUGAAUCCGUCCUGCGCCUCGUCACGCUUCCGAAUCUCAUUCUGACGUGGCAGAAUAGCCAGUCACAGACUGCUACAUCGGUUGUGGGCGGGGAAGUUCCUCCGGCCCAGGAUGAGGAAUUGGAUAUUACGCCCGAAUUGCUAGAUGCUUUCAAGUCGGACCUGGUGCGACGAGGGAUCUCCCUUGAAUUCAUCUCUGGCGCUUGGUCUCCUGAGUUCGUCGAUUUUGCCUUCUGUUCUCGUGGCAGUGAAGAAUGUCAGACUCUGGUUCUUGCGAGUGAGACGAUCUACUCGCCUUCCUCGCUCGUUGCAUUCUCAGAAACGCUUUUGGCAUUGCUGCGCCACUCUAGCACUGCCUCGAGGAAAUCGAGGGCUCUCGUGGCUGCGAAGAAGGUCUAUUUUGGCGUUGGUGGUGGCGUGGAUGAGUUCCUUUCUGUGCUGAAGAAUGUGUGUGCUGAUGAGUUGGAGGUUCAGCAGAAGGUGGAUGUACAGUUUGAAGGUGUCGGUCGGGUCGUGCUGGAGAUUACACCGACUGCCAAUGCUGUGAAAUAG